GUACAAUUUUUUUUGUAUGCAGUGAAAAUUGAAAAUGACUAGCUAUUCUGGAAUUCAGUUAUGUGUGCUGGUUUUAGCUUGUGUGCUUUGUUUGGCCACUAGCAUUUCCAUAGAAGAAAAAGUGCAACAACUGACUGACAAUUAUGCAAGUUAUUUUUUUUUUUUUUUCCUUUUCAAAAGCUUUCGUUUACUUGUAAAUGACCAGAAUAUUUGUUUAUGCUCUAAAGGGUGAACUGAAACAAAGUUUCGAAUACAGGGUCACCCAGUUGGAAACAAAGGUAUUUCAACUGGAGACCAAAGUUGCACAACAAGAAUCCCUUAUUGCUUUCUUAAGGAAGGACAAUCACAAUUCCAGAAUGGCAACUGAUCCAGUCGAAAUUGACAAUACCAAAAGUCAAAUUUACCACCGAACGUGCCAAGAAAUUUACAAUUACGAUAAUUCUCAGAGUUCUGGCUACUACGUCAUCGAUCCUGAUGGCCAAGAUGCCAACGGAGAGUCCGAAGAACCAAUUCAAGUUUACUGCGACAUGACAAAAAGUUAUGCUGUAACGACAGCCGUCAAGCACGACAGUGAAACGAAUAUCGAAGCAGAAAAUUGUCUGGCUCCCGGAUGUUACAAGAGAGACAUCCACUAUUCAGCGAGUGACAAGCAAAUGGCGAUUUUGGCCGAACUAUCCAAGGAAUGUCAUCAAUAUAUCAAGUACGAUUGCAUCGAAGCGCCAUUUGAAUACGAAGGGAAACAAGUGUCUUGGUGGGACGAUCGAUACGAGAACCCACAAUAUUUUUGGUCGGGAAAACCCACUGAUGACCACACAUGCGAAUGUGGUAUCACAGGCAAUUGCAUCGAAGCAAACAAGAAAUGCAAUUGCGAUUCUCUUGUUUCAGAUUUACGUACCGACGAAGGUACAAUCAGCGACAAAAAAAUUUUGCCCAUUAAACGCCUAAACUUUGGUCGUACCCACGCCGGGUCUGGCCAACACACGCUGGGACGAUUCGAGUGUUCUGGAAAGAAGGUAGUGGAUGGAAAGCCGACCACCUGCGCGGAUCUACGGAUACUAGGGUACACGUUAAGCGGAUUCUACUUAGUGAAAGGAAUUAACUCUCUCGAAAGCGUAUACUGCGAUUUCACAAAACUUUUGGAAGUUCCGGGAUUUGAGAUAUCGAUAGGUAAAAUCGAUGUUCAGUCAACGCCUGUCUACUUUUACGUCCAGACGAACAGUAUUUUCCAAGACGUACACACACCUAUAAUCUUCCAAAUAACACAGCUUAAUACCGGAUAUGCCAUGAACGGAGAAAUAGGAAUAUUCACAGCACCUGCAACUGGAACAUACUUCUUUUCCCUAUCCGGGGUUGGUUAUAUGAGUUAUUCUUCCAACGGCAACAUGCAAAUAUCGCUAAUGAUGAACAACUAUCGAAUCGGAAGAGCGGAAGUACGUUUGACACAGAGUCAAGGCAUUAGUACUUUCUCUCUCCAAUCGACGCUUUAUCUGCAAAAGGGAGAUCGUGUUUGGGUGCAGAUUGACGAACGCAAUCUGAUUUAUCUAUACGACGAUGGGACCCAUUUGACCCAUUUUACCGGUUGGUCAUUACAGGAAGAAAUCGAUAUCAAAUAAUAACACAUUGGGCAA